UUCUUCUUAAAACAACACAUCAACAAGCAAUUCCAAAAUUAGUUUGAUUUCUCUGAGUUUGUAACAGUAGUUGCUCAUUUUUAAUAAUCACAAAAUCAUGAAUAACUCUCAGAAUGUAAGCUACCAAGCUGGCCAAGCCAAGGGCCAAGCCCAGGAAAAGGGUAACCAGAUGAUGGACAAGGCUGCCAAUGCUGCACAGUCUGCCAAGGAAACAAUGCAAGAGGCGGGACAACAAAUGCAGGCCAAGGCACAAGGGGCAGCUGAUGCAGUUAAAAAUGCCACUGGCAUGAACAAAUGAAAUCCUAUUUUCAAUUGCAGCCAGAUGGGCUCUUUUUUAAAUCUUUUAUCCCCCCUCCUUAAUAAGUUUGAAGUUUUUUUUCUUUUCUUUUUAAUUUUCAAUUAGGGAAACAAUUUUUGUUACCUAGGAUUGAGUAUUGUUGAGAGAUUCUGUUUCUGAAUCAAAGAAGAAGUUGUGUAUAGGUCACAUUGUCACAACCUUCUUAGUUUCACUCUAAUAAUAGUAUUUGGUUAUAUUGAAUCUUCGGACUUUGCAUUUAUGAGAUGAGAUAAUAUGAUUAUGACUUUGUUGUUCCAAUU